AACCAACCGCAUAACUUUCAUCCCAAGGGAAAAUGUCCUACUACGUCGCGCCCAGCCAGCAGCGCACUCUCCGCGCUUGCAUGGUCUGCUCUCUCGUCCAACUCCACAGCAAAUUCAUGCGCGAAGGCUGCCCCAACUGCGACAACGUCCUCGGCCUCCGCGGCAACAACGACGCCAUCCAAGAAUGCACAUCCCAGGUCUUCGAGGGCCUGCUGACACUCCGGGACCCCACGACCAGCUGGGUGGCUCGGUGGCAGCGGCUGGAUAGCUAUGUCCCCGGGACAUACGCUGUCAAGGUGACCGGUUCGCUUCCGGAUGAGAUUAUUUCCAGCUUGGAGGACUCGGGGAUCAAGUAUAUUCCGAGGGAUGGUAGUACUGGUGAAGAGGAGGCGUAG